CCUUUUUGUUCUCUGGAUCGCCCUGCGCUUCGUAAUUAGGGUUCCUCUCCUUCCCCAAAUCCGUGUUUGGUUCUUCGCCCGCCUCCUUUCCGUCGAUCAAAAAGGAAUAUUUUCGCAACGUCGUUCUGCUUCACAUUCGCGUUAAAUUUCUCUUUGCCGUCGAUCGUUCGCGGAAAAUCCGAGUUUUUCAGGGUGGGAUUAGUGUUCUUCAGGAGGUAUGAGGGUCCAUCCGGCUCCGGGGAAGCGGAACAUCACGUUCCGCUGCGACGUGAACCCAGCGGCCUCCGCCGCCGCCGUGCUCGGACGGCAGAAGAAGCUCCGCCGCCUGCCGCACGUCUUCGGCAAGGUCCUGGAGCUCCCCUUUUCCGCGGAGGCGAACGUGGCGGUGGAGGAGGACGCGGCCGGUUUCCGGUUCGUCGCGGCCACUGAUGGCCUCUGGGGCGAGGUGCGAGCCCACGCCAUCGAGAUACACCCCGGGGUGACGAAGGUGGUGAUGCGGGACGGAGGAGUCGGCGGCGGCGGCAGGUGCAACCUCGGCGAGGGGCUCGAACUGGACCGGUGGAGAUUCCGUCUGCCGCCGACCACUCGGCCGGCGCUGGCCACCGCUGCUUACGCCGACGGGGAACUUGUGGUGAUCGUGCCGAAGAGGGCCGAGUUCGAAGGAGAUGAUGCAGUAUAAAGGGAUUUCAUCAGCUCUGUAAUUGUAGAUGCGCAAAACCUUAAUCAAAUAAUUCUUUCCUCUUAAGAUUUCAGUUCGUUUCUCUUGAA